AUGACGGCGCAGACGACUGACCCCAACGAGUACCGGAAAAUCUUCCACUGGGCGGAGACCCAGAAGGAUGGAACGGUACCCUCGUUUGCCGUGAGGAAGAAUGACCCUUAUGAGUACCAAGCUGGAUUUGGAAAUCACUUUGAGUCGGAAGCCAUCCCAGGAACAAUUCCCCAGGGCCAGAACAACCCAAGAUGCGUCCGCUUCGGUCUGUACACGGAGCAGAUGACAGGCUCUGCCUUCGUAGCUCCUCGGGCCUCAAACAAGAAUUCAUGGCUGUACCGUGUGAGACCAGCCGUCGCCCAUGAGGGCUUCACCGACUUGCCAGAUAACCCAGAUACGGAGUCGAAUUUCAUGCCUAUAAACCCUCGAGUCCACAUCUCACCCACCCAGCUGGCAUGGCUGCCUUUCGAUAUCCCCACAGAAGCGGGUGUCGAUUUCAUCUCGGGCCUCAAAACAGUCGCUGGCUCGGGGGAGCCAACCCUCCGGGAAGGGAUCGCUACUCACCUAUAUAUGGCCAACACGAACAUGAGCCAGAAAGCAUUCGUCAACUCGGAUGGCGAUUUCCUUAUUGUUCCCCAACAAGGAUCGUUGGACAUCCAAACCGAGUUUGGCCCACUCUUUGUUCAGCCCGGAGAGAUCUGUGUUAUUCAAAAGGGCCAAAGAUUCCGUGUUGAGCUUCCAGAUGGGCCAUCCCGGGGAUAUAUCCUUGAAGUCUGGGGCGCCAACUUCGACCUACCAGAUUUAGGGCCUCUGGGUGCAAAUGGCCUAGCCAACCAGCGUGAUUUCUUGACGCCCAAGGCGAAAUAUGAAGUCCGCAAGGAGCGCUGGGAUAUUGUUUACAAGUUAGGAGGGAAAUUUUUUAAGAGCACGCAAGGCCAUUCUCCAUUCGAUGUGGUAGCCUGGCAUGGUAACUAUGUGCCAUUCAAGUACGAUCUUACAAAAUUCGUCAACGUCGGCUCCAUAUCAGUAGACCAUAUCGAUCCGUCCAUCUUCUGUGUAUUAACCGCUAAAUCCCGCGAUCCUACUGCCCCUCUUGCCGACUUCCUCAUUUUCUCCCCCCGCUGGGAUGUAGCAUCACACACCUACCGCCCGCCCUACUACCACCGCAACGUGGCUUCUGAGCUGAUGGGUCUCAUCUACGGCGAAUACGGCGGGCGCUCAGACGAGUUCCAGCCCGGCAGCGUAUCUUACGAAUCUGGGAAUGUGCCCCACGGUGUGGCGUACGAGCAGUUCAAAGCUGCAUCCGCGAGCCCACCUCCAGAAAUGCAGAUCUCGCAGGGAGCUAUUGCGUUUAUGUUUGAAUCCUGCCGGCCGUUCACCAUCACGGAAUAUGCGUGGAAGAGCGAGAAGAGGCAUGAGCAUGAGCCCAAAAUGUGGGAUGAUCUUGUGGAUAAUUUCUCAUCGCACCAAAAGGAAAUUGAGGAGAUUUUGGCGAACGGGAUUAAGGGGGUUAAAGUUUCAAGUAGCAAUGGCUUUGCUAGUGGAAGCGCUUGA